AUGAAUUCGCAAGAGAGUGAAGAGAAAAGUAAACAAGCUGCACAACCCCCAAUUGCGGUUGGUCCGCAAGUAGGUCCACCACGUCCAGAGACUUCAUCAUCAACUUCUCGUGUAACUCGAGGUUCUGGUCGAGUACCCCCACGCAGAGGGUUAACCAAAACACGAGGGGAUAUGAUGAGUUCAUUUAAAGGGAUCUUAAAUAAAACGACUUCGGACACAAAAGGAUUAGAGUCGAUUCGGGAGUGUGACAUAGCAGAUCGAAUUGGCUAUCUGUGUUAUCAAAAGUGCAAAGGAAAAGAAAUUCCGUUUGAGUUACUGAGUACAUUUCCGCCAGUCGAUUCCACUUCAACAUCACAAGCAACAACACCCUCGAAGUGCGUGAAGAUCACAGAGGUCGAUUCCAAAGUCCCUGAAUUCGAAAUGGAGGAGAACACUGAGUUCCACGAGUCUUUGAUUCUUAGUCGGGACGGCAAAAUAGGGCCAAAAACACGAAUGGAAGAUUAUGAUAUCAUCGUCGAUGACUUGCGUUGCGUCAAUAAAGCAAUAGACGAGGAAAUGACAUUCAUCGGCGUCUUCGACGGACAUCUCGGGACUUCCGCUGCUGAAUUCUGUUGUUUCAAGUUAUAUAAUGAAGUCAUCCGGUGCAAGGAAUUCCCCGUCGACGUCAAGAAGUCUCUCGAAAUAGCAGCGCUGAGGUGCGAAGAAGGGUUUAAAGAGAUCUCCGAGGCAAUUAGUGUCAACGCGGGAACUACCGUUGCUGUUGCAAUAAUCACGCAAACAAACAUCUACGCAAUGAAUGUUGGAGACACUGAAAUAGUGUUAAGUUGUACGGGACAACCGGCUGAUGUACUGAGUGAAAAGCAUUGUUGUAAUGUCGAGGAGGAAAAGCGCCGGAUAGAGAGUGCUGGGGGUAAGGUAUUUAAUUUUCAUGGGUGGCGAGUUGAGGGGGUGUUAAGUGUAUCGCGAAGUAUCGGAGACGAAGGGUUAAAACAGUAUGUUCCAUGUUUGCCAUAUGUCUGCGAGAGAAAGCGUGACGGGGAAGAAGAGUUUUUAGUGGUAGCGAGUGACGGGUUUUGGAAUUUCAUAAAUUACGAAGAGACAGUGCAAAUCAUAAGGAAAGUCAGUUUACUGGAGGAGAAGGGGGUAGACGGAUGGGGUGUGAAAUUGCCGGAAAACAAAAAAGAAGUGGCAAGAUAUUUGGUGGAUUUGGCGAUAGCUAGGAAGUCUCCAGACAAUGUCACUGUUCUUGUUGCUUUUUUUAAGUAG